CAAUGUCGUCGCCCAAGCUCCGCAUCGCCUACGUUCCCGAGCACUUUGCCUCGCCCUUGCUCCAGCUCGCCGCAAAGGACAUGUCCAUCGAGCUGGUCCCCUGCCCGAGCGGCACGGGCCAGAUCAUGUCGGCCAUCAAGGCGGGCGAGGUCGACCUCGCCAUCGCGUUGACCGAGUCCUUGAUCGCCGGUAUCGCCAAAAAGACGGCCGACUUCAAGCUCGUCGGCACCUACGUCACGAGUCCGCUCAACUGGGCCGUCAUCGUCGGCACGGACACCAAGUACCAGACGCUCGACGACCUGCGCGGCGAGAAGAUCGGCAUCUCGCGCAUCGGCAGUGGGAGCCAGGUCAUGGCCAGUUUCAUGGCGUUGCGCGAGGGCUGGACCGACAAGGAGGGCAACGUCGAGCCCGUUCAGUUCGAGGUCCUCGACACGUUCAAGAACCUACGCGACGGCGUGAAUGACGGGCGGGCGGCGGCGUUUAUGUGGGAGCACUUUACGACCAAGCCCUACCUGUCCGAGGUUCGCUUCAUCGGCUCGGUCCCGACACCCUGGCACAGCUGGGUCCUCGUCGCCCCUCCCUCGACCACCUCGCCCACGUCGCCGCUCCUCCCCGUCCUCCAGUCGUUCCUCUCGAACUUGACGACCUCGAUCCAGGCCUUCAACGCGCCCGAGGCCCGCAAGACGUCGAGCAAGGAAUUCAUAGAGGGCCACUUUGGCUACCCGACCGAGGACGUCGAGGCGUGGCUCGCCCAGGUCGACUACCCGCACGGCGACGUCGUCGAGGUCAGCAAGGACAUGGUCGAGAAGACGCUCUCGACGCUCGAAAAGGCCGGCGUGCUCACCGCGCCCGCGAGCGGGUGGAACCUCGACGACUUUGUCGAGACCAGCGUCGCCCGGUUGAAGUAGACGCCGGUCGUACCUGCAUCGACGGUGUUUUCGGCGGUC